AUGCGUUUCCAAUUAGCUACAGCUUUACUCUUACCCACCCUGGCUCUUGCCACCCCUAUCAACCCUUCCUCCGAGGAAGGCAAACUAGCUCCUCUUUCAGAGAGCGGUGAACACAUCGAUGAUGCUUACAUCGUCGUCUUCAAGAAGGGUAUCGAUGCCAAUCAAAUCGCUCUCCAUCUCAGUGGAGUAGAGCAAGAGCAUGGUGCGGAUCCCCUCUAUUCAUUCUCUUCCAACGGUGAAGUAGAUACCGGCGGUAUCAAACAUGUAUACCAACCUCCUACUUCCGAUAAUGGAUACUACGGUUAUGCUGGUAAAUUCUCUGCCAACACUCUUAACACUAUCCGAUCUUCACCUGAAGUCGAAUAUGUUGAGCGAGAUCAAAUCAUGCGUACUCAAGAUAUCCCUCAUGGAGUCGACGACUGGCUCUCUUCCGCUAUUUCCUCUUCCGAUGACGAGGGAGAUGAAAUUGCCAGUGAGGGGAUCGCAACCGAGAAAGGCGCACCAUGGGGUUUAGCCAGAAUCUCCCACCGAAACGAAUUGAAACUAUCUACUUUCACCGAAUACCACUACGACUCUCAUGGUGGUGACGGUGUUACCGCCUAUGUCAUCGAUACCGGUAUCAACAUCGAUCACGUCGAAUUCGAAGGUAGAGCUAAAUGGGGUAAAACUAUCCCUAAGAACGAUGUAGAUAAGGAUGGUAAUGGUCACGGUACCCACUGUGCUGGUACUGUCGGUUCAAGGAAAUACGGUGUAGCUAAGAACGCCAAGUUGGUUGCCGUCAAGGUAUUGGGCUCAAACGGUUCUGGAUCAAUGUCCGAUGUAGUUGCUGGUGUCUUAUGGGCCGCCGAGGCUGCUGCUGCUGAGAAAGCCGAUGCCGCCAAGGAACUCGCCGCCACCGGCAAGACCAAGUACAAGGGAUCCGUCGCCAACAUGUCACUCGGUGGUGGUAAGGCCAAAUCUCUUGAUGACGCUGUCAACGCCGCUGUUGAAGCUGGUCUUCACUUCGCUGUCGCUGCUGGAAAUGACAACAAAGACGCCUGUAACUACUCUCCCGCUGCGGCUGAAAAGGCAGUUACCGUCGGAGCUUCCACCUUGGGUGACGAGCGAGCCUACUUCUCCAACCACGGUAAAUGCGUUGACAUCUUCGCUCCUGGAUUGAACAUCUUCUCAACUUGGAUCGGCGGAAACCAAACUACCAACACCAUCUCUGGAACUUCCAUGGCUUCUCCUCACAUCUGUGGUCUUCUUGCCUACCUCGUUUCCAUCCACGGUACCGAGACUUUCAACGCUCUCAACAUUCAAGAUGAGACUACCUCAGCCACCGGAGGAUUGUACGCUCAAGCUUACUCUUUAUUACCUAAACUUGCUCAAGCUGUUUUACCUACUCCUGAGACCGAAGUCAACGUCGCCCCUGUACCUUCCAAGGACACUUUGACCCCUGCCAAACUCAAGAAGGCUUUGGUCGCUUUGGCAUCUACUGGUAAACUCACUGACCUCCCUGCUGGUUCACCUAACCUCUUGGCUUACAACAACGCCACUACCCACACCAAGUAG